AUGCAUUUUCUAUACGUACUAUCAGUGGUGGCAAUGGUUAGCGGCGCUCAAAUCGAUACCAAAUAUUAUGACUACAGUAUUGAAGACUAUAUGAAAGUAAAAGAGUCGCGAAAUUUCACGGGAAAAGUGAUUUUGACGACCGGCUCGUCGUCGGGCAUCGGAGAGGGUAUUGUCAAACUGUUUGCAAUACUCGGCGCACAUGUGGUCGUCACCGGACGUAACCAAACCGAGAUCGACAUCGUGGCCAAAGAGGUCGAGCAGUUGUCGCCCCAGCAUUUAAAACCAUUGAAAAUAAAGGCAGAUUUGACCAAAACUAGUGAAAUGCAGUUUCUGUUGAACGAAACGAUUAAAACGUAUGGAAAACUCGAUGUUUUGGUGAAUAACGCGGGCAUCGGAUCAAUGGCUCAGUUGAUGGACAAAGACUUUAUGAAAUCAUACGACAGUGUCUUCAGUAUAGACCUGCGGGCAGUGGUUGAGCUUAACCGUCUGGCCGUCCCUCACCUCAAUCAAACCAACGGCACUAUUAUACACAUAUCCAGUAUGUGUACUCACGCACCCACUAACUUAGGUCUGGAUUACUCGAUGGCCAAAGAGGCCAUGAAUAUGAUGACCAGAGUAAUGGCUAUGGAGUUGGGCCCAUACAUUCGUGUCAACACAUUAAGUCCGGGCGCUAUACUGACUGCCGGUUUCCGCGACAGUAAAGUGCCUAUAAUUGUAAAGUUGAGGGAAAGGGCUCUCCAUAACGCGCCACUCAAACGCUUUGGUCAACCCCUGGACAUCGCUAAAGGGGUUGUAUUCCUGGCCUCAAUCGAUGCCGAGUUCCUGACCGGCGAAGAACUGGUCAUCGAUGGCGGACUCAUCUAUAAUUACGGCGGUAUUAUUGAAUAA